GCCUUUCCAGUCCCCGUCCGCGUCCUCGAGCCCGCUUCACUCAGUAGUGAGAGACACGCGGACAAGAGUGGAGUGGUCGGCCGCACACCAGCUUGCUUACCCACUUGCUUUAUCGUGUCGUGUAAGGCGCAGCGUGGGCAGACAGCAUGGGGCGCGGCGUGGAGAUGACCAGCGGUGGGAAAUGUGUCCGGUUUCUGAUGUUCGCCGUCAACUUCAUCAUAUGGGUAUCCAGCAUAGCCAUACUGGUGUUGGGCAUCUGGACGGUAGUGGACCGGCCCUACCUAGAGAGUUUGCUGGGUAACGAUAUGUACAUGACGGCUGCCUACAUCCUCAUCGCUACUGGCUGUAUCAUAUUCUUCAUCUCCUUCCUUGGUUGUUUCGGUGCGCUGAAAGAAGUCAAAUGUAUGCUACUGACGUACUUCAUCGUAGUGUUGUUGCUCUUCAUCAUCCUCCUGAUUGGUGGCAUCCUGGGCUAUGUAUUCAAGGACAAAGCCAGCACGUCCGUCAAAAACACCAUGAUUAGGACCAUGCGUGAUUAUGGUACUGAUAAGUUUGAAAAAGUCACCAAGGCCUGGGAUGAGACACAGCAGGCAAUGCAGUGCUGUGCUAUUGAAAAGCAGGAUGAAUGGAUGAAUUACAAUGAUGGUUUCUCCAUGGGGGGUGUCAAAAUCCCCAAGACUUGUUGUAAGAAGGACUCUGAUGGAAAUUUACAGGAAUGCCAGUCAUCACCAAAUGAAGAUAACUCCUACACAGAUGGCUGCUACAAGAAGGCUGUUGAGUUUGUGGAGCAGCAUGCAGUUGUCAUAGGGGGAGUGGCCAUUGCUGUGGCAUUGAUAAUGGUCCUUGGCCUUGCUUUGUCAAUCAUCCUCUUCAAGCUGAUCUAGUGACUUUCUCUGUGGUGCAAAGAAGCAACACAACAAAACUUUUCUUUAAGAAUGACUGGUUUGUGAAAAUGAAUGUAUUUAAGAUAAUCGUAUCCUGUGUGU